CAUCAACUAGACCUCGAUGCCGGAAGCCAAAGAGGGUUUGGAAGCUGUAAAAUAUUGAUAUGAGGGGUUGUACCUGACCGUAUCGAUCGUUUUCUGCUAUAAACCGGGUAUCUGUUGCGACACGUUCACGUUAAGGGGACAGUUAGGCCCAGCCACACUCGUUUCCGGAGAGACCCAUCCUUCGCUCUGCGGUAGCAUUGUGUGUAUAAGCGGCACCUACCUCAGUUCAGGUGGGACAUUCUGUGAGGAGUAUCGGGCCUCCAUAACUCUCGUUCGCUGCUCUCGCUGUGUCAGGAAAGCUAAGAGUGCUAACCACAACGUGACAGAAACAGUGUAGCUCUCCGGGCUCCCGGAUCUCGGCGAUUGAGAUAUAUAGUGUCAUUAGUAAACAUUACGAGUAAAUCUGGUUUGGAAAUCACUAUAAUAGUAGUGUGGUUUGAGUAUAUGUACUUGGGAAGGAAUACCGUGUCAGGGGCGACGGACACUUAUUUUGUCUCAAGUUUUAUUGUCACUUCUACAUUGUUUACAAAUAUACACGAAAAAUAAGAGCCGACGGAUUGUAUACUUAUUGGAGAAUACUGACAUGGAAAUACGGAAAACUGGUAGCAACCUUCGUGCAUGACAAGUGCUUGCAGACGUGUCUUUUGGAUAUCGACGUUGAAUUAAUAAUUCGAUACCGGAAGUUACAGGCAACCAUGUUUACUGAGCGGGAUGUCAGAAGUUGAUAUAUAGACAUGGAGGCGCCUAAUGUGACCAGUCCAGCCCCAGGGUCUGGUAUGGAUAACCCUGUGCCACCCUCCUUCCUGCUCGCCUUUUCACACUGGUUCUCGGGCGUGCAUGGCUACGCGUCCAUUAUUGUGUGUGCCUUUGGUAUCUGUACCAACGUUUUCAACAUCACGAUCCUAACACGACGAGACAUGCGCACUGCUACCAAUCUAUUUCUGUGCGGACUGGCUUUCUCUGAUAUCCUAACUAUGAUGCCCUAUAUGCCUUUUGCUAUCCAUUUCUACUGUAUCCACAAGCCGGACGAGGUAUCGGCAGAAAAGUACUCCGAAGGUUGGGCCACUUUUAUGUUGAUCUCGGUAAACCUUGCGGCCACGACACAUACCAUUUCUAUCUGGCUAGGGGUGUCGCUUUCUGUCUUCCGGUUUAUGCAGAUGCGUUCCCCCUUGAGGGGCCCCCAGGCCAAACAACGUAGCAUACAACAAGUUAAAGCUGUGAUGUUGUUGGUGUACGUCGCAUCCACGCUUGCUAUGGUACCGAACUACCUCACCAACAAGAUCGAACGCCAAGACUAUGGAAAUACCAGCCUUUACGGACUCCGCGAUCUAAAACUCGCCACCAACGAGACAGAACCGAUUGUGUUCGCCAACGUUAUUUCAUACGCCAUACUGGCCAAGCUCGUGCCCUGUGCACUAAUGGUAAUAUUCGGUGGUUCCCUUCUAUACAGUGUUGGCAUCAAAGGCAAAAAGCGAAGGCGGAGACUUUCGUCAACCAACUCCAACUGUAAACGAGAAGUACGUCAAUCUAAAACUACCCGGAUGUUACUAGUUGUGAUGAUUCUAUUUUUGGUGACUGAGUUCCCACAGGGAAUUCUUAUUCUUGCAAGUGCUUUAGUUUCCGGGUUCUACAACAAUGUGUACAUGCCUCUUGGUGACUUGAUGGACUUCAUUGCGCUCGUUAACAAUGCAAUUAACUUUGUGUUAUACUGCAUAAUGAGUCAGCAGUUUCGGCAAAGAUUUAUAGAUAUGUAUCUGAAGCGGACGUCACGGAUGAAAUAUUUCGAAAAGAUAAGUUUAAACAAUCAAUCUUUCACACGGACAAUUGUCACAGACGCCACAUGACUAGGCGGGGAUCGUAAUAAUUCUAAUCGGAGAUGACCAUUUAUACGUGUGUGCAUGUGUGUGUUUGUGUUUCUUGGCAUGUGUGGAAUUAAAAGUCGUGUAAUGGUGGCGAUCAAGUCACAAUGGAUCGAGCUAGUCCACAUCAAUUAAGCAUACCGACUAAAACACAACACGGUUACCAUAGAAUCACGUGAAUACUAAAGUAUUACCAUGGCUAUUUGUGUAGUACGUCACACCACGUGAUCACCGUUGAUGUCACAGUGACCCGUUAGAACCGGUGAUAGCAGGUAACUAUGGAGACAACGAUAAUGACAUGAAGAUUAGUGAUGAAGGUUGGACGAACUUCUAUUUUUGUAAUAUCAUCGGUCACCAUGGAAAUACUAUUUGUUUUCUGUCUAAUGCUGGUGAUCUGGUGACAAUCCAGUGAUCUGGUGACAAUCCAGUGUAUGUGUUUGUACAUCGUUUGGAUACCUAUCGCAUGAGGGGUCACUUUCCAGGUCAUCUUAUAAGGUUUCAUGAAUUUGUAAACUUCUCUCCUCAAUCCUCAUCCUCCUAGUUUCGAUAUUUGCUAGGAUAUAUUAUUCAUGUAAUUGACCUGAGUGACCGAACAUAUGUCUAGUACUUCUACAAUAUAGAUACAUGUACAGGUUUAUCCGUCUGUCCGUCCGUCUGAAAUAAUCUUUACAAAUAGCUAUGGCACGGCGUUGUGCAUUCGUGUUGAUUCGGAAGGAAGCACUGACGUAUGACGAUCAAAAUUGUAAUUAUACAUUUCAUAUAUACUUUUUUCAUAAUAUUUAUAAAUGAUAUUUUUGAUCAGUCUCAAUCUGAAAAUAUCAGCAUUAUUCGACAAAGUCGCACUGGUCCAUCACGUGAUAUUUUUUAUCCAAUAGAAUCACAGGAAUUUGAAACUUGAGUCCGUGUGUUGGGGACGCUUUGAUAACUCAUUAUUAGAGACCAGUGGAUCGAAUAAGUAAUGUCCUAUGAUGUUGUGAAACCAAAAUCUGGUUCAAAGCUUCCGACCAAAUCAGUAGGAUGCUAUAUUAAGGUAGAUGAUUAGAAAUUGAUUUUAUCAGUACAAAUAGGUCAUUAGUUAAAGUAGAACACUAGUAAUAUCCACGUUAGAGAAUUACUUAUCAUUUUAUCAAAACAAAUAUCAGAUUGUUAUUGAUACGUUUGACGAUUACUAAAAAGCUAGAAAUAAAUUUGACGACUAACAAUAACUUUGAAUAUUAGUAAUACUUUGAUGUGAUGAGUUUAAUGUAAUAAGUUUGAACAUUAGUGAUAAG